UCGCUGGAUCCCAUAUGGACCGUCUGAAAACUACAGUGAAAAAUGUUAGCGAUGCGAUGUCCAAUCAUUCAUAAUGAUCAUGAAGUAGGAUAUUUAGGAGAUCACAGAUUUCUACAAGUCAAUCUAUUGAAGUUGAACCAUUUACACAGAUUUUGUUCUAUGAGAAUAAAUGAUUUCUUAUCCUGUGUCUCCUUCUGGUGGACAACAUUAGUAUUACUUCAUCUCUCAUUCCUGUGCAUUUAUAAAUGUUUUAAUGUCUUUGUACCAUUAAACUGGUGUUAACUUAUUUUUGUUUGUUUUUACCCUUGACCUGAUGGCGCUGAAAGAGGAGAGUCAAGAACUGAAUGAAAUGGAAGAGAAAGUUAAUGUUGAGAAAGGCCAUAUCAUGACCGGGGAAAAAUAUUUUAGUAACUCACAAACUCAUAAAACAGAACCUGAAAACCUUAAAGUUGAGUCAAGCAUUCCCACUGGAGAGAGUCCUUUCACCUGCCAACAGUGUGAAAACCUGGAUGUCCACAUGAGAAUCCACACUAGAGAGAAGCCUCACACCUGCAAUCUAUGUGGGGAGAGUUUCUUACUAAAACGAAACCUUAAGACUCACAUGAGAAUUCACAUUAGAGAGGGCCCUUUCACCUGCCAAUAGUGUGGAAAGAGUUUUAAAUGGAAUAGAGACCUUGAUGCCCACAUUAGGAAUCACACUGGAGAGAAACCUUACUCCUGCAAAGAGUGUGGGAAGUGCUUCUCACAAAAAAAAAAGUGUUAAGACUCACAUGAGAAUUCACACUGGAGAGAAGCCGUUUGUUUGUGAUCAGUGUGGAGAGAGUUUCAGAUAUAAACAAUGCUUUGAUCAUCACAUGAGGAUUCACUCAGGAGAGAACUGUAUUACAUGUCAUAAGUGUGCAAUGAGUUUCACAGACAGGGAUCACCUUAAGAAUCAUGCAAAAAUUCACAUCAGAAAGAAGCCUUACAUGUGCCAUGACUGUGGAAAGACUUUCACAAACAGAGCAAACUUUGAGUUUCACAUGAGAAUUCACACUGGAGAGAAGCCUUUCACCUGCCCUCAGUGUGGAAAGAGCUUCACGAUGAAAUAUCAGCUUAAGAUUCACAUGAGAGUUCACACUGGAGAGAAGCCUUACAAGUGUCUUCAGUGUGACAAGAGCUUCAAGAUGAAAGGAAACCUUAAGAUGCACAUCAUGAGAGUUCACAGUUGAGAGAAACGUUUCACCUGCCCUCAAUGUGGAAAGAAUUUAACAGUGAAAGGAAAUCUUAAGAUUCACAUGAGAGUUCACAUUGGUGAAAAGCCUUACAAGUGUCUUCAGUGUAAAAAUAGUUUCAAAUGCCACAUACACCUGAAAUGGCAUUUGCAAACUAGGAACUAGGGACUUUGGGGUGGUACUCGAUGUUUAGACUGCAGGGACCAGAGUCUAAAUGAACAAAGUAAAAAA